ACAGGAGUAGCCAAUUGCAGCGUGGUCGAUUAAUUUAUGAUACGGUCGUCUCCGUAGCUUUACAGUGAUGCACAAUUUGAGGCAUACUGUGCUCAUAACUAGUGUCAGUUCUAACACUGGGAGCAUUGUCUCGUCCAGUUAAUCUGCCCAUUUGCCUUUGGAAUACAAUUUUGAUGCAAUGCCAAUUGGUAUUUUCCCCGGGUAUUAUUGGUUCGCAUCUUUCCGUUACAUCUGCUUUUAUUCCACCCAGUCAUUGGAAUAGAGCACCUCGCAGAACGAAUCGCUUGGAUGAACGCCGGGUUACAGGGAAUCGGCUACAGCUCAGUUGCAGUCACUUCCACGGCAACGUGAGAGGCAAAUAUAGACGCGAAAACUGAAGAAAAGGCUUGUUCGGCCGCUGAGAAACGAGCAAAUAAAUUUACAACAGAUAAUCUGGUUCAUGUUCAGGAAUAUUCGACGCGCUGGUUGUUACCAGAGUGGCUCAAAAGGAUGGGAUAUGUCAACAAAUUCUUCAAAAGAUGCACUUUCUUGCUGUGGAUUUCUUCUGUUUUGCUUCUAGUUGAGAGUAAGAGAACGAGACAACCCCGUUGUCCCAUGUCUUGUACAUGCACCAAAGAUAAUGCCCUGUGUGAAAAUACAAGGCUGAUUCCUCGCAGCUUUCCUCCCGAUGUCAUUUCAUUAUCUUUUGUGAAGUCCGAAUUCAGCGAAAUCCCUGGAAGAAGCUUCAUUCACUCCCCCGCCCUCCAUCUACUUUUGUUUACAGCCAAUUCUUUGGAUUCUAUAAAUGAAGAUGCUUUCCUUGGUCUUCCACAUUUGGAAUAUCUGUUUAUUGAAAACAACAAAAUCAAGUCCAUAUCACCUUAUGCUUUCCGAGGUCUAAAAUCUCUGCUACACUUGAGCCUGGCCAACAAUAAUCUACAGACUCUACCCAAAGAUGUCUUUAAGGGCAUGGAGGCACUGACAAAAGUGGAUCUUCGGGGAAACAUCUUUAACUGUGACUGCAAACUCAAGUGGCUGGUGGACUGGAUGUAUCGCACAAACGCUACAGUGGAUGAAAUGUUCUGCAAUAGCCCCCCUCUCUACCAAGGGAAGAAAAUCAAUGACCUGGUACCUCAGUCCUUUGACUGCAUAACAACAGAAUUUGCUUCCUACCAGUCGCUGAAGUUUGAGUCCAUAUCAGCGGAGUCCUUCUCCUUUGCUGGUGAUGAAUAUGUAGUGUUUGCCCAGCCUUUCAUUGGGAAAUGCAGCUUCCUGGAGUGGGACCAUGUUGAGAUGGUUUUCCGCAAUUAUGACAACAUCGACAGCACUUCGACCGUCAUGUGCAAACCCCUCGUCAUCGAGAAGCAGCUAUUCAUCAUAGUGGCCCAGCUGUUUGGCGGAUCUCACAUUUACAAGCGGGACAUCUCCGCCAACAAGUUCAUCAAGAUCCAGGACAUUGACAUCCUGAAGAUCAGGAAACCCAACGACGUGGAGACCUUCCACAUCGAUGGCGAGCACUUCUUCAUUAUCGCCGACAGCUCCAAGGCGGGCUCCACCACCGUGUACAAGUGGAACGGCAACGGCUUCUACUCGCACCAGUCCCUGCACCCGUGGUUCCGCGACACGGACGUGGAGUACCUGGAGAUCGCCAACAAGCCCCACCUCAUCCUCUCCAGCAGCUCCCAAAGGCCCGUGGUGUACCAGUGGAGCAAGAGCCAGAAGCUGUUCGACCGCCGCACGGACAUCCCCGACAUGGAGGACGUGUACGCCGUCAAGCACUUCCGGGUGAAGGCCGAGCUCUUCCUUUGCCUCACGCGGUUCAUCGGCGACUCCAAGGUGAUGCGCUGGGACGGCUCCAUGUUCGGCGAGCUGCAGACCAUGCCAUCACGGGGCUCCAUGGUCUUCCAGCCCUUUGCCGUGUCCGAGUGGCAGUACGCCGUGCUGGGCAGCGACUACUCCUUCACGCAGGUCUACCGCUGGGACCCCAAAAAGGGCCAGUUCGUCCACUUCCAGGAGCUCAACAUUCAGGCCCCGAGAGCCUUCUCGCCCAUCUCAAUCGAUAACCGGCAGUUUCUGAUGGCUUCCAGCUUCAAAGGGAAAACUCAGAUAUAUGAACACCUUAUAAUUGACUUGAGCCAAUAGAUUCUGGCGAGGCGUUUCGACGAAAACAGCGGGGAGGAUGGCCCCGCAGACUUGUCGUUGGAUUAUAUGCAUGAUAAAGUCCACUAAUAAACCAUCCGUAUGAAUGCCUGGCUAGAAAUGUCCAUCUUGAGUCAACAUCUAGUGCUUUUUGAACUACUUAAUUGUUUGAAAUGAAAGCCAUUCAUAUUCUCUGCAGUUAUACAUAUCUUCGCAAUUGCAUCUUUCGCCGAGUGAAAAGGAAAGAAACGUACUUUUUAAUAUAUUUAUUAACCUAUUUGGAAGAGGAAGUAAAUCUGCCAAAUAAACUGUUUACAUUUUCUGUCUUACCAGUUGUACGCAAAAUUAUUUAUAAAUUAAGCUUUUGUAAAUACAAGGGACCAUGCCAAUAGGAGAAUUAUUUGAUAAGGCGGUUGUUACCAUUUUAAAUUCAUAUUUGUAUAGUAAAAUAAACUGACAUGUUGCAAUGCAAACUUAGAUGUUGUUGCGUAGAAAAUUAUUCUUGGCAACUUGGAUUUUUAUUGUUGCUUGUUUGUAUGAACUGUAUAGUACUAAUAAAUAUUACUAAUG